AUGGAGGUACCAAAAAACUAUCCUCUUUAUUGCUAUUGGAGUGGGGAAAUUAUUCAGAAAGAAGGUGAUGUAGCUUAUAGAGGAGGAAAUCAAAAAUUUAUUUUUGUUAAUCCAGAGAUGACAUAUUCACAAGUUUUGACCAAGGUAUAUGAGGAGUUGAGUAUUGAUCCUAGAUUUGUGGAGUUGAAGGUGGUUAUGAGGUAUCCUAUGAGUGGGGCAUAUGUCGCAAUUCCUUUGAAUGACGAUAAUGCUAUUAAAGCUAUGUGGAUUGCUAUGACUCAAACAUCUUCUGUUGCAAUGCAAUUGUACAUUGAACAAGUUCCAAAGCAAUCAGUUGUGCAAACUGAUAUUGGUUCCUCUCUUGAAAUGGAUUCCUCUUAUAGCAUGGAGAAACUUAUUCCCCUUACUUAUCAAAGUGUGGGGAUGGGGUCAUUCACAAGAAUGCUUGUUGACGAUCAAUAUGUCACUGAACAUCUUUCGGAGAUUAGGUCUCCAACAUCAUCACCAACCGUUGGAGCCUCAACAAGCACACAACAACAAGGCAUUCUUGAUUCUCUUGACCCAAACAAUGUUGAUGUUUUUGGAGACGUUGAGAUGAAUGAUACUGACGAAGAUGAUGAUGAAGAUAUAAUAGAAGCUCGUGAUAAAGAGAUCAAAGAAAGUGCUCCCACACAAGAUUUCAAUGAAGUGCCACAAGUUGAUCCACUUUUGAAUAACUCUUGGAUGACUUGGGUGAGAAAUGAGAUAUACAAUACCGAUGGAGAAUUUGAGGUUGGACAACAGUUUAACUCAUUGCAGCAAUUGAAGGAUGUUGUGAAGUCGUACUCAAUUGCUAGAAAUCAAACAAUUCGAGUUGUUGAGUCAGAGUCAGAGAAAUAUGUUGUUGAGUGUAAGAGGAAACCGCAAUAUGUCAUUCGUGUUGACCCUUCAUUGAAAAUCAAGACAAUAGUGCAACUUUUGAAAGAGAAGUUUAAGUUUUCGAUAACAUACAAGAGAGCAUGGCUUGCAAAGGAAAAGGCAAUAAAAGUCAUUUAUGGGGAUUGGGAGAGUUCAUAUCAAGAGUUGCCUAAGUUCAUGCAAGCAUUGAGGGAAUCAAAUCCUGGGACCGUGGUUGAGUGGAAGCUAAUACUGACUACAAAUCAAGUGAUUUAUUUUUUCCAAUGA